AGACGCUUGGUGUGUUUCUACCGUUUCUACCUGUCCUCAUCUAUCACAGGUCGAGGCUUUCCAAGGUGGCUCGGAGCUCCUAACAGCAGCGUCUGCGUCUGAAGGGGCUUGUCUAGGGGCUUUUGGUGGACAAGACGAGAGUCUCGCGACAUCAUGUCGUACUUUAUGACCCAUUUACACUCUGGAUGGCAUGUCGAUCAGGCCAUCCUGGUGGAAGAAGACCGCGUCGUGUGUAUUCGAUUUGGACACGAUCACGAUCCAGACUGUAUGGCGAUGGAUGAAACGCUCUAUAGCGUUUCGGAAAAGGUUCAACAGUUUUGUGUCAUGUAUCUGGUGGAUAUUACAGAAGUUCCAGACUUUACAAAGAUGUACGAGAUCUAUGAUCCUUGUACAGUCAUGUUCUUUUACCGAAACAAACAUAUCAUGAUUGAUCUCGGAACGGGAAACAAUAACAAAAUAAACUGGCCGAUGACGGAUAAGCAAGAGCUAAUCGAUAUCAUCGAAGUUGUGUACAGAGGCGCAUCGAAAGGACGUGGGCUGGUCGUCUCGCCUCGAGACUACUCGACACGGCAUAAAUACUAGGAUAAAGGCGGAACGAGCCAAAAAAAAAAAAAAGGGGGUCACAGCCCUUCUAGGUGGAC